GGAUAGAGCAUUGGGAGCAGGAAAGAGAAUGGGGGGGACUGGAGAGUACAGGGAGGCAGGAAAGAGCACAGGGGCUGGACAGCACAGGGAAGGGGAAGAGCACGGGGUCAGAGAAGCUCAGGGGUGCUCUAUGUGCAGCCGAACGGCUGUUGUCAGAAUACCGGGCCGGCUCGCUCAGCUCUGCAGCGGGACCUUACCUGUUCCUCUCUAUCCAGCGGCGUGCUGUCUUCCCGGCUUCUGUAGUGUGGGCACUGGGCAUGACAGCCGGGUGCCAAGUGCGCAUGCGCAAGAAGCGGUGCUUUUUGUGAAUGGUAAGGCGGUACCUGGGACACAUGACAGAUCCCAGAAGCCGCCGGACCAAUCACAAAGCGCAAGUGCUUCUCGCUCCAUGCGCACUGGGCACCCGGCUGUCAUGCCCCGUAGCGCC